AUGACACCUUCACCUCUACAUGAAACUGGAACGUCACCUCAUGGAGGUACAUCAGCUCCAGAGCUGUUCAAUUACUCGGAAGAUGAAGAUGACGAAUGGAUGCCUUUCCGCCGAUCUGCCCCCGACUUGGGGCACUUCAUUGGUAAGCACAACGACAGCCAGCCACCUCAAGGCGAAGAUUGCUUUGAAGCUGCUUAUUGUCUUAAGAAAGAAAUUCACUCUCCUUGUUUCGCCUAUAGACCAACUGUGCUGUUGCUGCGUGACGACGCCUCCGCUGUGUUCAGUUUGGGCUGUGGCGACGGCCGCUUCAUCAUCGAGUGCUGCCGGCUAACGAGCUGUUCAGGCGUUGGUGUGGAGCUCGACAGUUCAUUGUUCGCUAGAGCGAAGCGUAAUGCCUCGAGAGUUGAGGGCAUUCGUGCCAGUUUCAUACAGUGCGAUUUCAUAGCCUCAACGCUGGAUUUGUCGGAGGCGACGCUUCCUCUAUCUCCUGCCGGAGGCUCUGCAGCUGCUGCUGCCAAAACUCUGCCACCUUGCGCGGACCUCUACUGCCCUGCGGUGUAUCGUAUCUAUAUGCUGGGCGCUGCCUUCGGUGUCCGCCUCAAUUCAUAA